AUGGAAGCAAACAUGACACAGGUGACUCAGUUUGUUCUCACAGGACUCACAGAUCGUCCUGGGCUGCAGGUCCCUCUGUUCUUGGUGUUCUUGGUCAUCUACCUCAUCACUAUGGUGGGCAAUCUGGGACUGAUUCUUCUCAUCUGGAGGGACCCCCACCUCCACACCCCCAUGUAUUUCUUUCUCGGCAGUUUGGCCUUUGCAGAUGCUUGUACUUCAUCCUCUGUGACUCCCAGAAUGCUUGUCAAUCUCUUAGAUAAGCAUCAGAUGAUAUCCCUCUUUGAGUGUAUGGCCCAAUAUUAUUUUUUUGGUUCCAGUGCCACCACAGAAUGCUUCCUCUUGGUAGUCAUGGCCUAUGACCGCUACGUAGCCAUAUGUAACCCCUUGCUGUAUCCAGUGGUGAUGUCCAGCAGACUCUGCACACGUUUGAUAAGUAUGUCAUAUGUAAUUGGUUUUCUGCAUCUCAUAAUUCACAUAGGAUUACUAUUUAGAUUAACCUUCUGCAGGUCCAAUAUAAUACACCAUUUCUACUGUGAAAUCUUGCCACUAUAUACAAUUUCUUGUACUGAUCCAUCUAUUAAUGCAUUGGUGGUUUUUAUUUUCUCAACUUUUAUACAAGCUUUCACUUUUAUGACCAUCAUAGUUUCUUAUACUCGUGUCCUCUUUGCCAUCCUGAAAAAGAAGUCUGAAAAGGGCAGGAGCAAAGCCUUCUCUACAUGCAGUGCCCAUCUGCUCUCUGUUUCCUUAUUCUACGGCACUCUCUUCUUCAUGUAUGUGCUUCCUGGGUCUGGACCAGAUCAAUAUCAAGAUAAAAUGUAUUCCCUGUUCUAUACAAUUAUAAUUCCUCUGUUAAACCCUUUUAUUUAUAGUCUACGAAACAAGGAGGUUUUGGGGGCACUGAGGAAAGUGAUAAAGAAAUAA